AUGGGCAUGGGAAUGGAGGACAACCCUCUGCAGCUCAAGUCGUUGAAUCACAUCUCCCUCGUCUGUCGAUCCGUCGGGAAAUCCCUGGAUUUCUACCAACACGUUCUUGGAUUCUUCCCCAUCCGCCGCCCUGGCUCCUUCGACUUCGAUGGCGCCUGGCUGUAUGGUUACGGAAUCGGAAUCCAUUUGCUCCAGUCCGAAGACCCAGAAAUCAUGCCGAAAAUCUGUGAAAUCAACCCUAAGGACAACCACAUCUCCUUCCAAUGCGAGAGCAUGAUGACGGUGGAGAAGAAGCUAAUGGAGAUGGAGAUAGAGUACGUGAAAGGCAGGGUAGAAGAAGGAGGAAUCUACGUCGAUCAGAUAUUCUUCCACGACCCAAAUGGGUCCAUGAUCGAAAUUUGCAACUGCGAUAAUCUCCCUGUUGUCCCGCUUGCAGGAGAGACCAUUCGUUCAUGCUCUCUCAUCAACUGCACCAUCCAGCAGCAGAAGCAGGAACAGAGCUUGCUGAACCAGCUCUGCAAUUGA